AGCGCUUGUUGGAGUUGUUUACAUCCGCAGAGCGUGGUCUCUUCGGGUCUUAGCGAGGAAUCCAUUUCGAGAAGGGGAAAAAAAAAGGCAUCGAUGAAUGGCUCCUCCGCUGGCUUCCGACAACCUAAUGAUAAAAACGGAGAAGGUGCUGCACCUGAGGAGCUGCAAAGGAAAAUCAGUUCGAGUUGUGAGGGAGCAUUACCUCAGGCGGUCGGUUCCCUGUAACAGUUCCCUCUGCCAGGCUGAGUGCCACAAUGAAGGGAAAUUGUUGUCAGAAAGUGCAACUCAUUAUUUGAUGCCUGACUGGAAAGUGGUGCAGGAUUAUUUGGAGAUACUUGAGUUUCCAGAAUUGAGAGGCAUUGUCUUCAUGCAGACAGCUUGUCAGGCUAUCCAGCACCAGAAGGGACGCAGACAUUACAACAAAUUGCGGAACCUACUGAAGGAUGCUCGUCAUGAAUGUGUGUUGUUCUUCAAUGAAUUCCAGCUGUACUCAUAUGUACCGAGAGAGCACGGAGAAUCUCUAGAAAAAUGGCAGACCAGGUGUAUUUACUAUGCCACAGUCUGGUAUUAUAAUCAUCUUGCAGGAUUGAUGCCAGUUGUUAUGGUAACCGAGGAUCCAGCAGCCAUUCAAAAAUAUGGAAGUGAAACAGAAGGAGUAUUUGUCAUAUCAUUUAAGAGUUAUUUGGAGAACUUUUGGCCUGACUUGGAAGCUGUACAUCAACUGUACGACUCUAUUGUUCAGUCUCGGAAAGAAAGAGAAAGUGAAAAUCAGGAAAAGAAUAGAAAAGAAUAUUCAGAACAUCUCCCUCUUGAAAUACUGGAAGCUGGCAUCAAAUCCGGGAGAUAUGUGCAGGGUGUUUUAAAUGUCAACAAACACAGAUCUCAGUUGGAAGCCUUUGUUCGUACUCAAGGAUUCACUAACAAAAAAUCAGAACUUGAAAUGGACAUCCUCAUCUGUGGCACUAAGGCUCGAAACCGUGCCAUUCAAGGUGAUGUAGUAGCUGUCGAAUUACUGCCAAGGAAUGAAUGGAAGGGAAGAGUUUCUGUGUUAUGUGAGAAGGAGUCUGAGGAGAAGACAGCUGAAGAAACUGAAAGUGAACCAAUGGCUACAGGUAAAGUGGUUGGAAUUAUUCAGAGGAACUGGCGAGAUUAUGUUGCAUCCUUUCCACCGAAAGAAGAUAUACAAUCUCAGGGUAAAAACAUUCGGAAGAUCCUAGUGACACCUUGGGAUUAUAGAAUUCCUAGAAUAAGGAUCAGCACCCAGCAAGCUGAAUCCCUGCAGGAUUGUCGAAUUAUUGUACGCAUUGAUUCCUGGGAUUCCACUUCUCUUUAUCCCAAUGGACACUUUGUGAAGGUUCUUGGAAGAGCUGGUGACCUUGAGACUGAAAUUGCAGCUAUUCUUGUUGAAAACAAUAUUUCAGUUAGCCCUUUCUCUGAAGCCCAGCUGCGUGAGAUGCCAGUGAACACUCCCGAGAAUCCUUGGAAAAUUGAUACGGAGGAGCAAGCCCAGAGAGUUGAUUUAAGGAACACUCAUCUGGUGUUCAGCAUUGACCCCAAGGAUUGUGAGGAUGUGGACGAUGCAUUAUCUGUUCGCAGAUUAGUUAAUGACAAUCUAGAGCUGGGGGUUCACAUUGCUGAUGUCACACACUUUGUCAAAUUAAAUUCAAAUACAGAUCUGGAAGCUCGAUCAAGGGCAACAACUUGUUACUUAGCAGAUCGUCGUUAUGAUAUGUUACCUUCUAUCCUGAGUGCUGACCUGUGUUCUUUACUUGGAGGUGCUGACAGGUAUGCAGUCAGUGUGUUGUGGGAAUUGGACAAAACUAACUAUGAAGUCCUUAAAGUGUGGUUUGGACGAACCAUUAUAAAAUCUGCAUACAAGAUGUACUAUGAAGCUGCCCAAGCCUUGUUAGAUGGGAAUCUCCAUAUUAUGGAUGAUAUCCCUGAACUCAAAGGACAUGAAGAGAAAGACAAACAUAGAAUAUUAAAUGAUCUGAUAUGGGCUGUAGAGAAGCUGACUGAAAUAGCUCGCCACAUUCGAGCAAAACGUGCACUUGGCGGUGCACUGGAGCUGGAGGGCAUUGAAUUACGAGUACAGUUAGAUGAAAAGAAGAAUAUUAGUGACCUGGUCCCGAAGCAGCCACUGGAAGUGCACGAGACUGUAGCAGAGUGUAUGAUUCUGGCCAACCACUGGGUGGCAAAGAAGAUAACUGAGAAAUUACCUCACCAAGCCUUGCUGCGUUGUCAUCCUCCACCACAGCAGGAAUUCUUCGCUGAGCUGAUUGAUUGUGCAAAAGCAAAGGGAUUCAAAAUAGAUACACGCUCCAACAAGGCUUUGGCAGAUUCUCUGGAUAUGGCAGAAGAUCCAGAUGAUCCUCAGGUGAAUAAGCUGUUACGAUCCAUGGCCACACAGGCAAUGUCCAAUGCUGUUUAUUUUUCUACUGGUUCCUGCUCAGAGGAUGAAUAUUAUCAUUAUGGGCUUGCUCUGGAAAAAUAUACUCACUUCACUUCUCCAAUCAGAAGAUAUGCAGACAUUGUGGUGCAUAGACUACUAAUGGCAGCUAUAAUGAAAGAUGAGAAUUUGGAACCAGAAGAUUCAUUACUCAGCAACAAAGACUUAGCAGAAUUAUGUCAGCACAUCAACAACAAAAACAGGGCUGCACAGUAUGUGCAGAAACAAUCUAUUGAGUUAUUUCAGUGCAUGUACUUUAAGGAUAAAGACCCUUCAGACGAACGUUGUAUAGCAGAUGGCAUCAUAUACUCAAUUCGGGCAAAUGGCGUGCUGGUCUUUGUACCAAGGUAUGGCAUAAAAGCUCCAGCAUUCCUGAAGAAUAAAGAGGGUCUUGUGAUCUCAGCAAAGUCUGAUGGGUCAUGUGUCUGGAAACCAGGCUGCCUCAAACGUCUUCGAGACAAAAUUAUUUCUACUACAGUGGAUGGAGGAUCAGUUACUUUCUCUCUGUUUGAUCACAUCACUGUAAGAAUAUUUGAACUCUCAUCUCAAUCACAUCCUGACAGCAUCAAAUUGGAUAUCAUCAGCAACCAACCUUAUAAUAAGACCAACACGGAACCUAUGCACGAAACCUCACACAGUUCAAAGACUGACUUGAUACGGGAUGUAAUCAGAUCUGUUGAAGAGGCACAACUUGCUCAAGAGCAUGCAAAAAGUACAUCAGUCAGAGAUGAAGAUAAGGAAUAUUGUCAAACCAAAGGCAACAGCCUCUAUUUGUUAUUAGAAGAAAUUAAGGAACUGGCACUUCUAGAUGUUGCAGUCGGAUGAUUGCAGUUGUUUAAUCAAGACUUUGGGUCUGUUUUAAUUUCUUAACCAAAACCACUAUCAGACCAAUAUAUAUUAACUGACACAAUACUCCUGAAAAUGGCUAUGGUUUUUUGAGCAAAUUUGACAGCAAUUUUACUUCUCUGUCUACAGUUGCACUCAAGAAAAGCGACAGGGACCUACAGUUUCAAGUAAACCAGGUGUUAUCUUGAAGCCACACAAGAUUGUAAAAGAUUUCAAUAUCAUGAGAAGAUGUAUGAAUAUUUUUUCAACAGGAUGUAAAUAUUAUAAUUUUUAUUCAAGUAUGAUUGAUACAAAUUAAGUGUUACAAUUCAAUUUGUCUUCAUACCCUUUUUAGGGGUGUUUAAAAUA